CUCUACAAGAGCCCGAGCGCCGACAAGCCGGACGCUACCCACAAGGCGCAGUGGGUCUCGCGCCAAGUGGCCAAGUACGCGAUUCCCGCCGACGUCCGCAGCCACGUGACGUCCUUUGCGCUGCACCCGACGACGCCGAGCCAGAUGUGGGUCGCGACGGGCGACUGCCGCUUGCGCCUCUUUGACCUGGCCACGGGCCAGGUCCUCGCGACGCAUACGCGCAGGGACCCGAUCGUGUGGAUCGCGGCCGUUGCGCCCGACCUUUUGGCGAUCGCACUCAACACGACGGUCCGGUCCGAUCAAGCGAUCGCAGCGCAAUUGUCCCUCUGGAAGAAGAACAAGCCGAAGGAGGACGAGGACACGGGUGAGGCGCCCAAGUCGAAGAAGAAGGACUGGUCGGCGGCCUGGACCGUGAACCUCCACGGCCUCGAGGCAACGCACUGGAAGAUCGAACUCCUUGACACGGCCAAGGGCCGCUUUGACUGCAAGAUCAUGUCGGCGCAGAACCGGCCGUUUUUCGGCGCGGCCUUCCAGCCGUCGUCGGACCCCGAGUUUAUCGGGUGCAUCGCCGCCGUGGGUGGCAAGGAGCUCCAGUUUAGCCGCAUCUACGCCCGGCCGGCCGGCGACAACAGCCCGCACAAUUUUCGGACGCGCAGCUUGCGCCAUGCUCGCCGCAUGACGUGUGUCGCGCUCCACCCGACGCGCGACGAGGCUGUGACCGGCGAUGUCAACGGUCAGAUCCAGGUGUGGCGCCACCUCACCGAGCACAUGGUGCCCGAGCCGACCAAGCUCCAUUGGCACGCGCACCCUGUCGGGUCGGUCACGUACUCGGCCGACGGCAACUACGUUGCGUCUGGCGGCGAAGAGUUUGUGUUUGUGCUCUGGCACCUCGAGAGCGGCAAGCGCCACACGAUCCCGCGCUUCCCCGCGGCCAUCACGUCGAUUGUCUCGCGCGCCGACGGCGCCGGCUACUACGUGGCGACCGUCGACAACUCGAUCGUGUACUACAAGCACGUGGCCGACACGCGCGCAUGGCACGUCGGAGGCCUCGCGCGCGUCGGCCUCUCGAGCAAGAAGACGCUCAUCAACGGCCGUCUUGCGCUCGAGCCGUGGUCGCAGACGCUCGCGCUGCAAGGCACGUCGCUUGUCGGCAACGUGCAGCUCUACGAGCCGCUCCAAGACCGCGUGCUGCGGACGGUGCCGCUCACGGAGCGCAACCAAGUGUCGGCGACGUUCAACGAAGUGCCGACGCGUACGUUUGCGACCCACAUUGCCUUUUCGCAUGCGACACGCACGAUGGCAACGAUCGCGCGCACGCAGGACGAGUCGGUGCUGCGCUUCUGGACCCGCAAGACGGACGGGUCCUUCGUUGUCAACACGGACGUCGACCAGCCGCACGGCAUCGGACGCGUCAUCACGGCCAUCGCGGUGCACAACACGCGCAUCGUGACGGGCGACGACCAGGGCGAAGUGCGCGUGUGGGCGCUCGGCGACGGCGUCUGGUCCUGCGCGAGCAUGUCGCAGUUCCGCAAGGUGCCGGUCGGUGCGAUCGCCUUCUCGGACGACGGGUCGCUGCUCGCGAUUGCGUACGGCCCGCUGCUCACGCUGUGGGACCCGGUCACGAACGCGCUCCGGUCCGUGCUCUCGUACCCGAAAGAAGCGAUUGUUGACAUUGCCUUUGCCGGCCCGUCGUCGCCGCUCCUCGUCGCGCGGACCUCGGCCGGUGUCUACGUCUGGUCGCUCCUCACGUGCUCGAUCGUGUGGUUUUACGCGGUCCCGUUCACGUGCAUGAGCAUUACGAAGACGGCGAACUCGAGCCAGCUCCUUCUCGGCGUCACGACGGGCAAGAAUGCCAAAGUGGUUGGCCACCUCUUCGUGUUUGACACGGCGUCGUCGAUCCCAACCGCGAUCUACCGCCUCCCCGGCGUCAUCAUCAACGACGCGGUCUUUUACAAGCAGCACUUGCUCGUCAUGGACAACCACUCGACCGUGCACGCGGUCGGGGACGCGAUGCUCGUGGCCUCGCUGCCGGCGACGAUGGAGGAAGAGUCCAACUCGAUUCUGCAGCAAAUGUACGGCGCGUGGACGGUCCCGAAUGCGGCUUCGACGUCGAGUCUGACCAAGGAGGACGCGACCAAGGCCGGCAACGGCGGCAUGUUUGCGGCGCCAUCGCACGUGCUGCCGCCGCUCCGAUCGCUCUACCGUUCGUUCUUGGACACGGUGCUCACCAAGGCCAAGGAACACGCGGCCAAGUCGACGAGUGCGACCCACGCGCCCUUGAAGCGCACGACGACGGACGAGAUGCCGGCGGUGUCGAGCAAGAAGGCCAAGGUCGACGACGAAGCCCCCGAAGACACGUACGCCGCACUGAAGAAGGUGUUUUCGCAAAAGUAAAAAGGCGGGGUAUUAAUAAUAGAAGAAAAUCUGUUUAUUUCAUAAGACA